AUGGCGAUGAAUGUGCAAGGCAAGACGGCGCUGAUCACGGGUGCGGGAUCGGGGAUCAAUUUCACGUUUGCAAAGGUGUUGUUAUCCAGGGGUUGUAAUGUGGUGAUUGCGGAUCUGACGUUACGGCCUGAGUCGGAGGAGUUGGUGAGGGAGUAUUCUGGGGAAGGCGUGAAAGCUGUGUUUGUUAAGACUGAUGUCGCGGAUUGGGGAGAGCUUGAACAGGCGUUUGAGGUGACGAUUGAGGAGUUUGGUGGUGUUGAUAUUGUGGUUCCCGGGGCGGGGAUUUAUGAACCUCCAUGGUCGAAUUUCUGGAGUCCGCCGGGUUCAGCAGAGUCGAAAGAUGAUGUGAAGAAUUCGAGAUAUGCGAUUAUGGAUAUUAACCUCACGCAUCCAAUUCGACUUACUCAGUUGGCAAUUGCGCACUUCCUGGAGAGAAAGAAGUCUGGGACGGUGGUUCAUGUGUCUUCGAUUGCUGGACAGACGCCGUUCUUCCCUACACCGUUGUAUGUAGCUUCGAAACAUGCCAUGAACGGGUUCGUCCGAUCUUUAGGAAAUUUGGAGAAACCACCAGCACACAUCCCGAAGAUCAGAGUUAAUUGUGUUGCGCCGGCUAGGAUUCUGACGCCGUUAUGGACGGAUCAUCCUGAGAAGUUGAAGAUGGUUGGGAAGGCGGGGAAUUGGACGACUCCGGAGGCGGUCGCGCAAGUGAUGUUGGAUCUGGUCGAGAAGGAGGAGUAUGUUGGGGGGUCGAUUGUGGAGGUCGGAAAGAAUGUGAGGUUGAUCUCGACGUUUAAUGAUGCCGGACCGCAGGGCCAUGGGAAUGGGUUGACGAGUAUUGAGGGGUAUGAUAGGGAUACUUGGGAGAGUAUGGAGAAGCAGAUGGGGGAGACGAAUGGGAAUGGGAUCAGCAAUGGGAAUGGAAGUAACAAUGGAAAUGGUACAAAUGGGAGGAACGGAAACGGAGUUUGA